CAUGCGCAGCGGCGCGGCCCAGCUGCUUCCUGCGCUGCCGCGGUGGGGGGCGGCCGGCGGGGGGCAGGGGGCCGGGCCUGGGAGGAGCCCGGCGGGUCCGGCCUCGCUGCGAGGGGAGGGGUGAAAACAAUAAAUAAAUAAACCCAGCUGCCCGCCCUGGGGGUGUAUAGCAGCCCGGGACAACGUGGGGUCGUGCAGAGAACCAGUGCCCGCUCGCCCUCGGAGGAGUCCUUCAUGGCAGUGUAAUGUCAUCUCCGCUUGGAAGGCAGUCUCUUGGCACGAGGUAACACCAUGAUAUGGGACUUAUUUAUUGAAAUAUAUUUUCUGGAAUGAAGCAGACAAGCAACGUAGGAAAGGUGUAAUUAUUUAUAAGUAAUGACAGUUCAUUUGUCUUUAGAUACAUAUUUGUUCUUUGUGAUUAACCCAAAAAGUCUUUGGUGGAAGCAAAGAACCAAGUACCUGUGUUUGUAUAGACCUAAAGCCUUCUGGAGGAUAAAUCAUGGAGUUCAUCUUAGAGUUUUCCAUACAAGCGAGCCUCAGUGUAAAUGGGCCAGAAGCAGGACAUUUUGGUAUAACAAGCACAUUUACAGCCAUGACUUCUUAUACUACAGAGUUUCUAAACUGUUGACUUCUUCUUCCAAAGGACUUACAAAAGUGAACAAUCGCAUGUCACGAAUUAAGAAUACCAUAGAGUCUGUUUCAAAGGCUGUGUCUGGCACUCACAGUGAACUGGUGUCGCGGAUAGCUCGGUUAAAGUCACACUCAGGUACUCUAGGAAAAACAACUAAAAGUAAUGCAGAUGAAAAUAACCUCAGUGCCAGUCUGGAAAAUGGUAAACAAAUUUCAGAUGCCAGAACUCAGGAGGAUUGCAACAGAGGCCUAGCUGCCAGGAAAUGCACUGAUGCAAACGAAAGCUUGGAGUCUAUGCUAAAAAACUCAAGUGGAGCUCAUCAAGAUACUCCAGAAGAUUCAGCCUCUAAAACCCAACUUUUUCACAUAAGCUACCUUUCUACAAGUUUUGGAGAGACUUACAACUUUGUAGCUGACCAUAUCAACUGGUACUUCAGUAAUAAUUCCGUUAUGGAUCAAGAUAAAAAGAGGAAUGCUUUGUUACAGGACUCUAAAAGUGAAGUGACAAAUAAGCUUGGUUCAUCAGAAAAUACUGUAAUUACUGAAGAAAAGACAGUGACUUCAACAGCUACUGUGUCUCCUGAAACAGAGACUCAGGAUGCUGAAAAGACAAGUACUGCUCUUCCAAUUUCCACUAAGAAAAGUAUUGCAAACUUUCUUUCUUAUCCCAGUAACAGCGUACAAGCUUUUGUAGACAGUUACAUUGGUGGGUUGGUGCCCAAGUUAAGGUCGGAAACAAAAGUUGCUGCACCAGAAAAGAGUAAACAGAUAGAGCAAGAAGGGUCUGAGAAGGAUGAGGAAGACAAAGCAAAAGAGACUAAGACAGCAGAAGACCGGGAAAAGCAUCUGUCCAUUCAGAGAGAAAAGAUCAUUGCACGAGUGAGUAUUGAUAACAGGACUCGAGCUUUAGUUCAAGCCCUACGAAGAUCCUCUAAUCGAAGAAUCUGUAUCAGCAGGGUUGAAGAACUGACUUAUCAUCUUCUGGAAUUUCCAGAGAGCAGAGGAGUUGCAAUUAAGGAAAAAGUAAUUCCAUGCCUCCUGCGACUGAGACAAGCAAAUGACGAAAGUCUUCAGGCUGCUGUUAGAGAGACUUUAGCAAUAAUUGGAUAUACAGACCCUGUGAAAGGCUGGGGAAUUCGAGUCCUUGCUAUUGAUGGAGGAGGAACAAGGGGUUUAGUUGCACUUCAAACACUGCGGAAACUAGAAGAACUUACUGGAAAGCCAGUUCAUCAUCUUUUUGACUACAUUUGUGGUGUAAGCACAGGAGCUAUAUUAGCUUUUAUGUUGGGGUUGUUCCAUAUUCCUCUGGAUGAUUGUGAAGAACUGUAUCGCAAGUUAGGAUCAGACGUUUUUAAGCAGAAUGUAAUUGUUGGAACAGUCAAAAUGGGUUGGAGCCAUGCCUUUUAUGACAGCGAUAUCUGGGAAAAAAUGCUCAAAGAAAAAAUGGGCUCAAAUCUUUUGAUUGAAACGGCAAGAAAUUCCAAAUGUCCGAAGGUAGCAGCAGUAAGCACCAUUGUAAACAGAGGAACACCACUCAAAGCAUUUGUUUUUAGAAACUACAAUCACUUUCCUGGGGUUAAGUCUCAUUAUAUUGGAGGCUGUCAAUAUAAAUUAUGGCAGGCCAUCAGAGCAUCAUCUGCUGCACCAGGUUACUUCCAGGAAUAUGUCUUGGGCAAUGAUCUUCAUCAGUGUAUAUGUUGAGAACUGUUAUUUGGUAGCCCAGUGACCUUUGCCUAAGCAAGCCAUGAAGCUCUGUCUAGUGUCAUGCCAGCACUGGAUGCCCAGUGCACUCAGAGGACUGACUGGGAUCUGAAUCUCGAAGAUAUCGGUAUGGGAGAUCUUACAAAUAGUCAAACAAACCUCCUGUUUCUAUCUCCUGUUUUCUACUCUGGGAACGUUUGCUGCUGUUCAUGUAAACAUACUGAAUUUGCUAUUGCCUCAGCAAGACAUACCUUUUUAUCUAUGGAAAAUAGAUAAAAAUGCUUUUAUCUAUUGCAUUUGGAAUAGAUGUAAAAUGCUUUUGGAAUAUGUAUUUUAAUUUUUCAGCCAAGUAAUCGCUUGCAAAAGUUCAGACUCUUCAAACUCCUCAUUUGAAACAACAAGCCCCAGCCUUAAUCUGUGCCUGUUCAUGAUUUUUAUGUUGAUUUUAAACAUAGAGUUUGAAAAAUACUUGUCAAAACUCUGUUGAGAAUCUUUGCCUGUCUUGUCUUACCCUCUGAUGGCUUUGUACUAAUUCUGUCUCCAGUUCUUCCACAAAUACAAUGAAAGUAAACAACAGAGCAAGUCUGUAAAAGUGAACUAAAAUGCAAAGCAUGUCUGCAUAGGCAGUGAGGUGAAAUGGUUACUAUGGAGAGCCAACAAACUCAGCUUCCAAAUAUCAGACUUGGCUUUCCUAAGUCAUAUAUCCUUCACCCGAUGCUAAAUUAUUUUCUCCACAAAGCUUAACAUCACUUAAGCAAAACUUCAGCACACAGGAUGUUACACGGAGCAAUUGCAAGGCACAACUUGAAUCUGACACAAUUAAGAAGUGUAAUGAUAGCUUAUGAACAUGCAGUGUAUUCUGAACUUCAGUUAAAGUCCAUGGUAAAGUAUGGUUCAAACUUUUUUCAACAUCAGUUUAACAACUGAUUUAAAUUAUUGAAAAAAAUAUCUGAGUGGUGAUUUUAUGUGCUUUCACCAUACUUAUUUAUAUGGGACAGGAUUUUCAACAGGUUCUGUGUUACCAGGCUCCAGGUGGUCUGGAGCACUUGCCUUCUUUGAGACCUCCCUUCUGAUUAUGAAAUAAAUAAGGAAAAUUUGACAGUAUUUAACCAGGAUUUUUCUUAUCACUAGAACCGUGUAAGCCUUGUAUCUUCAGCAAAGAGAUUUCCAUGGAGCACAUGCCUACAAAAAGUGAAUUUUGGGGGCUUUAAAUAAUUAGAUCUGGUAGACAAAUGACAAGGGAGCCUUCCCUGGCUAUUUUGUAACUUUAAAUACACUUGUAGAAAAUAUUAGCUUAUAGCUUUAGACUCCAGCUGACCAACGCUAGGCCCUAAAAAUAAGGUUAUGUUUGCAUUGGGCAAGUUCUAGAAAAAUCUGUAUGGGGCAGGGAAAACAUUUCAUAAACUUCACUUAGGAAUUACUUGAUUAAAGGUUGAGUAAAGCAUAACAAUUGUAUGUUUGCCACUUGGAAAGCCUUUGGCAAAAGACUGAAAGUAAUGUCUGAGUGACUUUAUUGCUUUGCUAGCACAAACAAGCUUGUUUAUACAUGUCUCUGUUUUAAGAUUUUAUUCUUAAAUAUUCCUCAAUUAUUUUUUACUCUAUUUUUAAAGCCUUCUCUACUGCUAACUGUCAUUAGGAAAAUUAUAAACCCUUUUUCAGCACUUGCUUGCUGUGGCACUUUGUGCUCAGUGUGCUGCCAGCAAAUGAAGUUGCCUUAAGCGUGGAUUGGUUUUGCAGAGUUCAGAACACGAAGAAGUGGACAGGAGAUGCCAGCGCACUGACCGUAGCAGCACAGAACACAAAGGGAAGGGGUGACUCAUGUAUGUUUGGGAAGUGAAAAAGAUUGCAAUUACACUGAGAACUAAUGAAACGAGAGAAGACGGUGAAAUGUAGUCAAGGACAGGCGAUCUAAGAAUGGGAGAACAAAGAGUGAGGCACUGCUCUACUCUGGCUGUUUGCCUAGCACAUAGUCAGAACUUCAGAUAAUUGCACAUUUUUGGGGAUGUUGGUCAGCACUUCAGUCAUUUAAAGAGUUCCUGUAAGUUUCAGUUCAUUUCCAAACGAAGAGCAGCAAGUGGGAAAAGCAUAUUUGCAUAUAUAUUGUUUUUAUAAGACUUCUGAUAGUACUGACAAAGUUCAAUUUCUUGUAAGAAUGGCUUUUAAAAUGGGUUCAUUUUACAGCUAAAAUAACAUGCCUUUACAAUGUUUCGUGUACUAUUUCUUUAAGUAGAAUAGAACUUCAGGAAAAUCGAGAGGUUGAGGACCCAGGAAGUAGUCUUGUCCAGCCUCCUGUUCCAAAGCAGGUAAACUUCACAGUUAGGGCAGCUUUCUCAGGACAGGGCCUCACCCAGCUGAAUUUUGAAAAUAUCCCAGAAUGGAGAUGCUACAGCUUUCUCUAUCUGUGCUCUGUUCUGCACUUCUUAAAAAGAGUCUGGCUGUGUAUUCUCCCAUUUUUAAUAGUAAAAGACUAUUAGAUUCUUCCUUGGCUUUCUCUUUUUCCAGGCAGAGCAAACCCAUAUUUCUGCCUAUCUUCUCACUUAUGUUCAGCCCCCAAAGCAUCUUAGUGGUUCUUCGCUGUCCACAUUCCAGUUUCUCAGUGUCUUGUAACUGGGUGUCUAAAACUGGAUGCAGUAUUCCCAGUGUGACCUCAUGAGAACUUAAUAAAAGGGAAUAAUCACUUCACUUGACCUACAGGUUAUGCUUUUAACCUAACAUGUCAUUAAUAUUAAUUAAUGCAAAUGUGUGUUGAUAAUAUAGUAUUGUGUCUAAUAAACGGUUCAUAUUGUUUUUUUCUAUAUGUACACAGAUUACUGCUGUGGUAUGGCUCUUAUCUAGUAAUGUAGGUAAAAGGGGCUCCACAGUACUUGGAAAUGCUUUACUCUAUCAAAAAGAAACCAAAUUUAUUAGGAACUGAAAAGGUUUAGGGCCACACAAAGCAUUGCUUUCUAGAACUGGAAUUGCAUCUGAAGCUUACAGUGUAAUUUAAACUAUCACUAUGGUUCCCCAGCCAUGACUGUCCUUCAUCAAUACAUUUAAAUGCCUCGGUGAAACUUCUUCCUUCUGGAUUGCCAUGCUUGGUUUGUCAUUCCUCCCUGGUGCAGAAGCGUCUUGUGUAGAUCCUAGUUCUUCCAUCCUACUAAGUAGAGCACUUAAAUCUAAGCUUGAAAAAUAGGCAGAUUAAAGACGAGAGAUAGUACCAAGAAAGUAUAGCAUUUGAAAUGGAAUCAACUCCCAGACUGAAUUACUUCCUUCUGGAAACAGAGACAAGAAUCAGAUUUUGGCCAACAGGCACCUCUGUACCCAUAGACAAGAUAAACAAGGCCAAUUUAUUUUAUCACUUAUCUCCGGCUAUUUAACUGUAUGAAACUUUUCAAAGUGGCAAGAAAGGUCAUAGAAAGUAAUAAUGGAAGAGGAAGCUAUUGUGUUAUUCAAGGGACGUUGCAUACUACUAGCAGUCACUCGGUCUCUUGGUUAUACUGCACAUUCGUUAACUGAUCUUUAAAAAGCUAAGCACUUAAAAUAGAAAUGCUUUAAUUGGUAAGUUAUAAAUAAUUUAUAUCACUUCGUAUAAAAUUAUAUAACUAUUGAAUAACUUAAACGAAAUCAGGAAAAAAAAGUAAAGAUACCAAAUAAAUCCAGUUGUUCUCCAAAAUAAAUUGAUAGGCUGAACGCAGGGGAAUUCCUAAGCAAUGAUUGGUGAAAAUCCCGGUGAUCUCAGUGUAUCUUAUAUACGAAAGUGCAGACUGACUCACUUGGAAUUGGAUUCCAGUGUCCCAAGGAUGAACAUGAAGAAUCACAUGUCAUGAUUUCUUUGCAUUAUUACUUUUUUAAGAAUUAGAUCUUUCAUGUUGAUAGUCAAUAUUUUUCAAUAUCGAUAGUCAAUUUAUUUCUCAGGGAAGAGUUUUUGUGCAAUUUCAUGAAGAUCAAGAAAGCAAGCAAUUAUUCAGAAUCAAAAAAGUCACUUUUUUAAACUUAUACCUGGAUUUUUUGUUUGUUUAUAGUUUUCCUCACAAUUCACCUACAUGUGAGAUCACUGAAACCAAUUUUACAACUUGUGCAAUAUUUUUUACAUGAAGGUUUCAUUCCUGUGACAUAAUUUGUUCUAAGCUUUCUGGAGCUUUCUGAGAUAAAUUAUUGAAGUAUUUUCCUCAUUGAUUCCUGAGAAGUCCAGUUUAUAGUAACAUUAUUUACUGCUUCAGUAGUCGAUCAUUGUAAGCAGAAAAGCAAUGUGAUAAACAUCUUUGUUUAACAGACUAAGCUGAUUUGAAGCACAAUAUUGAUUAUCAAUUGUAAUCUGUUUGCAGGUGAAGAAAAAGAAAUCACUUCCUUAUUGAGUCCUAACUUGCCAAAAAUUACAUAUAGCUUUAUAAAUGCUUUAAUUAUAUUAAAGGUGUCCAAAAAGUACUAGGAGUGGAUAUUUACUGUUAGUCCAACAAACCUAAAUUGGAGAAUGUUGAAGUAUGGAAAUAGUUGCAUGAAGCUGGUAAUGUCAUCGUAGUGCACAUUUGAUAUGUGUAGUUUACAUUCCUUUGGUCUUCUAUUUGUCAAAUUGACAAAAAUGCAGUAAUCUAGUAUUAACUACAUCAUGUAUUUUGAUAACUCUAAUCUUCCCCAUGGUGGAAAAAAUCAUGUUUAAUUAAAUUAUAUUGACAAGAUCAGUGGAAAUUAUUUGGUAAGCAUUUUUUCAUUUAGGAUACAAAGAAAGUAAGCACCACAAAGAUAAGUAUUAAGAUUUCAGAUUAAGAUUCAUGGGGAAUUUUAUCAAGGACAAAAACAUCCUUGUAUUUAGUUUUCUUCAUCAAAUCUAAUUUAAACAUAAGGAUAAUAGGCACUGAAAAGACUAUUCAUUUUAGCAGUGUUUUGAGCAAAGUGGACAGUAGUCCAGAAGCAGUUCAAAGAUCUUUUUGUAGUUUGAAAUGGAAGCUUAAUUAAAAAAAAAUAUCAAAGCUCAGUAAUCCUGUUUUUACUUAUCUAGCACAGCUGUAGUUAAAAGGAGCUUCAGUAAAGCGUGUAUUGACUCCAAAACAGUUUUUAUUCCAAACUCUUCUUGAGCUAAGUUGAUUUGUUUAUUUCCUUUUCUUGUAAUGUGGUUGUCAGGUAUAGGCUGUAGGGAGUUCAGGGAGCUUUUGCAUAAUGCUUAUAGUAGUCCAUAUUCUUUCUCUUCUAUAUUUUGAAGUUUUUUUUGCAUAGAUUUUUGAAUAGCUAAAAAAAAAAAAUCUUGGUCUCUGCUAUUAUUUACUACAGAAAUUUUUAAACCAAAAUCCUCUGCAUGUUCAUGAGUAGUCAGCAUGGCUGUACAAAGGGCAUCUCGUGAUUGACCAACCUGAUAGCCUUCUACGAUGAAGUGACUAGCUUGAUGGACAAGAGGAGAGCACUGGAUAUUGUUUACCUUAAUGAUAAAAAAAAAAAAAAGCCUUUGA